AUGAUGGAAUACGCACAAUAUCAACCGCAACCGCAGAACGGUCACGUCCAGAAUAUUCAGGCCGCAUACCCCAACGCUGCGGCUGCUAACGGCAUCUCGCCGCCCCAGCACCAAUCUUCGACUGCGCGGAGCCAAGAUCCCAACAUCCGCGUCUGGUGCGGAGCCUACCCCUACGGCAUGUCGGCGGACCCGGCCAUGCAGCAGAACUCUCCGCGGCUGGGCUCAAAAAAGGAACAGCGCAAUCCUCGGUCCCCUCCGCUGAACAACAUCAAUGCCCAGGGCCGUCGGCUGAGCCAGGUCACCAGUCCCGGCCUGCCAAACGCUCAGGCUAUUCUGAACCACAACGCGUCAAGAGCAGCAGGCGUGCCUUCAACCCUCCCACCGCAGCAACAGAUCCACGCACCCCAGUCACCCGAGCUUGCAGCUGCUCCUGCUGAGGAGUCGCCGCUGUACGUCAAUGCGAAGCAGUUCCACCGGAUCCUCAAACGGAGAGUAGCCAGACAGCGUCUCGAGGAGGCCUUGCGGUUGACCUCUAAGGGCCGGAAACCCUACCUUCACGAGUCGCGACAUAACCAUGCGAUGCGGCGGCCCCGUGGUCCGGGCGGCCGCUUCUUGACUGCCGACGAGGUGGCAGCGAUGGAAAGGAAGGACGGCCAGCUGGAGGGUGACAUCAAAGAAGGAAGUGAUGCUGGUACGUCGGAGCCUCCGGCUGAGGUCGCGACACCAUCUUCUGGCAAAAAGCGCAAAACAGAGAGCGGCACGGUGCAGCUCGCAAAAAAGGCCAAGGCGGAACAGCCGAUAGCAGAGGAAGACGAGGAGGACGGUGAGGAUGAUGGAUAG